AACCCCCCACGAACUGCCUCGCUGCCAGUGGCUCGCAUGUGAUCGUGCGAACGAGUGAAGAACAACAACAAACCGACGGCCAAUCAGAGAGCAGAAUAGUCCAGUCUCGUGCUCCCUACUGCAGCAAGAACGGAUAGGAAACAAACAUGCCCGAAGUUCCAGCAGCGGAGACCGAACCGUCCGUCAAGGCGCCGAGGAAGCGGCCUUUACAGACCACAGAGGAUUUCACCGUUAAAAAAAAGUCUCGAUGGGGCAUUCUCACGAGCCAAGGUUCGUGGGCAGACCGCUCACCCCUGCACGAGGCAGCAUGUCAGGGACGACUUCUAGCCCUGAGGACCCUGCUGUCUCAGGGUUACCACGCCAACAUCAUCACAAUAGACCACGUGACUCCUCUGCAUGAAGCCUGUCUGUCGGACCGGGUGGCCUGCACUAGAGCGCUGCUACAGGCAGGAGCUAACGUGAAUGCCACUACCAUAGAUGGUGUGACCCCUCUGUUCAACGCCUGCUCGGCUGGCAGUGCCAGCUGUACCCAGGUGCUCCUGGAGCAUGGAGCCCAGGCCCAGGCAUCCCCCUGCCAGCCCUCCCCCAUCCACGAGGCUUCCAGCAGAGGGCGGAGUGCGUGUCUGGAGGCGUUGGUUCGUUGGGAGGCAGAUGUGGAUUACGUAAUCCCUCACCUGGGCACCGCGCUCUACCAGGCCAGCCUCUCUAAACACCUGGUCUGUAUCAGGCUGCUGCUGGAUGCAGGUGCAGACGUCCAGAAGGGUCGUUACGAGGACACGCCCCUCCAUGUGGCGGCUCAGGGAGACAGCGAGGAGCUUGUUUCCUUGCUGCUGGAGUUUGGAGCCAACGCCAACGCCAGGAACACUGAGCAGAAACGACCGUUGGAGACAGCGCCCCCUAGUGGACUGGCAGAGGCAGCGUUACUGCAGUUUGAAGCGGCCCCCAGGUCCUUGCGCCAGCUGUGUCGCCUCAGCAUCAGAGAACAACUAGGACGCCGCAGACUCAACCUCAUCCCUCAGCUGCCCCUCCCCAGCCUGCUGCAGCUCUACCUACAGCACCGAUAGACCACACACACACACACACACUAGCACAUAAAUUUAUAAACACGGACACACACACACCCCACAAUAUCCCCCCUCUUCACAACACACACACACACUAGCAUAUACGACAGAGGGCUGAGACACAUACAAUGUCAGAGUCUGUGACCAGAAAGGUCAAGUGACCACGUUUGUGCGUUUCAUUCACAACCGAAUCAACACAAAAGUCGGAGGACGUUGCUCCGUUUUGCCCUCUCCUCCGGGAGCCGCUUCGCCGCGCCCGUUUAACCUCGUAGGUCUGUACGUGGUGCCCAAAGAACAAGAAGAAGAAACACAUAUCUAACACGUCUCCCGGAGACCAGCUCUCCCCCGCUCUGCAUCACCGUUCGCUCUCUCCCUGUGAGCUCAGCUUGUAAGCGUGGCGUUACCUGAUGGCGUUACCUGAUGGCGUUACCUGAUGGCGCUACCUGAUGGCGCUACCUGAUGGCGUUACCUGAUGGCGUUACCUGAUGGCGCUACCUGAUGGCGCUACCUGAUGGCGUUACCUGAUGGCGUUACCUGAUGGCGCUACCUGAUGGCGUUACCUGAUGGCGUUACCUGAUGGCGUUACCUGAUGGCGCUACCUGAUGGCGCUACCUGAUGGCGCUACCUGAUGGCGUUACCUGAUGGCGUUACCUGAUGGCGCUACCUGAUGGCGCUACCUGAUGGCGCUACCUGAUGGCGCUACCUGAUGGCGUUACCUGAUGGCGUUACCUGAUGGCGUUACCUGAUGGGGAGCAGCCGUGCUGCCCGUCCACGGGAGCGUGCCGCGGGAAAUUGUCUAAGGACUCCAACCCACGAUCUAUCCGUGAGGCGGCUGGUGUCGCUGUCCAUGGUGCUUGAAAGCUGUGCGGACGUUACGACACACAUACAUACAUCAACACACACCUUAACACACUUCUCUCCAUAUUUGUUUGUUAUUGUAACAAAAUAAGUGCAUUUACUACUCCGACUGAUCCUCGUCCUUAAUCUUAUCUCUGUCUGUCUGUGGCACACACACACACACACACACACACACACACACACACACACACUUGAACACAUCCGGCAGCUCUGUCUCACAAACACAUUGUACAAGAUAGAAUAUCGUUCAAGUCUUAUCGUCAUAUUCUAUGAAUGAUGCUAUGUUUAACUAUUAUUUAUAUAACUCAUCAUGCUGAACAGUGAAAUGUGGAUUGUUGACUCCCAAAUGUACAGUAUUUUUAUUUUGCCAAAAAUUAAACAAAAUUGAAACCGG